AUGGAUAAGAAGAAGAAGAAGAAGACCAAGUUGAGAAAGAAGGGCAGCGAUAGGGACAGCGACAGCAGUUCCACAAGCUCGGGGUCAAGCGUGGGUCCUCCCAUCGAUGGCCUGCCAUAUUCAGAAAACGUAAAGGACUGGCACGACAGACAUAAUGCAGAGAAACAUGAAAAGCGAAAAAGAACCAGAGGCAGCAGGGCUGAACGCAGACGCCGAUCGCAACGUUCCCGUAGCACUUCGACGGCCACUAGUCUCACUCUUUCUGGGUCAGAAGUCGAAGCGUUGGAGAGAUUGGAGGAGAACAAGACAACAUCGACAGCGCUGAAGAAAUUGUGGAAGAAUAUGAAGUAUCUGCAAGAAAAGAUACAGAAACUUGAGGACGCCCUUACGGAUAGCGAAAGCGACGUCUCGGAGCGACAAUCACGGAGAAGAAAGAAGAAUGCCAAACAAGAACCCGAACUGCCCAGAGAGAAGGAAGUAGGAAACGAGAGCAAAGAAGAGAAGGUCAAGAGUGGGGAAGAAGCUACCACCAGUGUUUCUGCCAAGGACAAUCUAGAUCCUGAGAGCAGCAAGGACGAUGCAGAAACCCAAGCUUCGGCCGAGCGCCAAAAGGAAGGAGUCGACGAACUUGAUGACGCUAAAGCCAGCAAAGAAAGCGACAAGCCCCAUGGAUCCGUCACAUCCGAAGGAAAAGAGGGGAAAGAGAAAUCAUCUUCUGGUGUUGAGGAUGAUGAGAAGGCAAGUGAUGGUGACGAUGAGGACUCGAGCGAUGAGGACGAGCACGACAGCGCCGAAAGCAGCGAGGAAGAUUCCCAUUCAACGGCAUUCGAACUCAAAUCUCAAUUCUUCUACCAGAAGGAUGUUGAUGAACUCAAUCGAUUUUAUGACGACAAGAUCGAACCUUUCAUCCGAGUACGCUGGGACGAUAUCAACGAUGGCGCGGCUCCUGAAAACAGUGAAUCGGCUGGCCAGAAAGGCAAAGUUGUCGCUGGUGAGAUUGAUAUACUCCAGAUCUGCAUCGAGUCACCCGUUUUCAAGAGCCUCAUCAUCCAUACUGGUGGUCUCACCAUGGCUUCACCUAGCGGGCCUCCACAGCCUCCCGAGCCUCCCGGGCCGGGAUUGAUAGAUGUGAAAGACCUACGGCGGACGAGGCGUCAUAGGCCAAGGGCGGACGACACUUUAUCCUUCUACAGGCCAUUUCGAUGGUUGAUACAGAACAGAGAGCUCUUGGAGGAGAAAAUGAAGAAGUACAAGGAUGAUGGACUCAAGACCACAACGUCAAAAGAGUCCUUAAAAGCCUCCCAAAAGGCCGAACAUAGCACAUCAGAGCGCGAAUUCAACGGCGACGGUGGUGGAUUGGAGAUGAAUCUCGGUGCCCAGAUCAAAUUUCUGCUGGACUUCAUGGAUGAGCACCUGGCAGAGCCCCUUCAGAAGUAUAGGAAUGCUCGGGCUGGAGAUCUCAAAACCAUUGGUUUCGAGGAUUUGUGGAUGCUCUACAAGCCGGGUGACAUUAUCUACUGCCAACAAAGAACGGCUCUACCGACUGCGACUGUACCACCGGCACCGUCAGACGUGUCGCGAAACGGUACGAGAAAACCCCCGGGUGUACCUGCGCCAGUCAUUUACAGGCAGGGCUUUGGACGGGACACUCCACAAGCUUACAAGAUCAUCUCGGUCGUUGGCGGCAGACGAUAUGCGAGCCCAAUUGGCCCCAGAGGAAGAAUGGCGAAUACGCAUGUGCCAUUAAAGCUGAUAUGCUACUUUCUUGAUAUUGGGGGAUACCGCUUCGAUGUCGUGACAGACACGUUUACAUUCCGGCCGUUUGAUACCGAAAUGGUCAUCACUGAUCUGGAUGCGUAUCCUCUGGCUUACGCGUCGUCUGGCGAUAUUCAUGGCGAAGAAGGAAUGCGCAAGUUCCUUGCCGCUCGAGGAAAGUCCUUUGUCGAGGUAUGCGAGGCCAGUCAUAAACUGUAUGCUGGGGCGGCGUGGAUUGACAGUCAUAACAACAAAGAAGAAAUCGACACACCCGUGAUUGUCGAUUUUGCAUUGGCGUAUCAAAAUAUUCCAAGCUGGCGUCCCCCAUUUUGCGUGCCGUAUCUCGACUUUUAUAACAGUACAGCAAAAAGUGCUCGAGCCGAGUCGCUCGAAAUGACAAUGUCGUCACGAACAAAUCGAACAGUAGAUUGGUACUAUCAUCAUCAGAGCCUCCUUAUCAGCAGAGCACGAGCUGCCAUCACUGAGACGGUUCAAGGAUACCCGAUUGUCGGCACAGUGGCCUCAGAUCCUGCGAUUCCAGAACUCAUCACAGCCAUGGAAGCCAACGAAGAUAUUCUGCUGUUGCCUGGGUUGGCCUAUGCAUUUGCCUUGAGAGAUCGAAAAUGGGUUGCUCUCGAUUUGACUUUGCUGCAAGACACCCAGUACGAAGACGGCUGGAAAGAUUUGAUUCUUCCCGCAGGCCACAAGGAAAUGGUCAGAGCUGUGGUUGAAAAUCAUGCAGCAGGAUCACGUGCGACUGGUGGCAUGAAGAAGAAUUCCGCAGAGGUGGACAUUGUCCGCGGUAAAGGUAUGCUUCUUCCAGCCAAAAUUGCCAUAGACCAGACACUGAUAUCGCCAAAAUCAGGCAAAGGAUGUAUCAUUCUGCUUCACGGCGAGCCAGGAGUGGGCAAAACAUCAACUGCAGAGUGUGUUGCGGCUUUCACUAAAAGACCGCUGUUUCCCAUCACCUGUGGUGAUAUUGGAUACGAACCUGACGAGGUAGAGCGAAACCUUCAGAAGCAUUUCACACUGGCACACAAAUGGGGCUGUGUUAUGUUGCUGGAUGAAGCUGAUGUGUUUCUCGCGAAGAGAAGCCGAGAUGACAUCAAGAGGAAUGGACUGGUUUCGGUAUUCCUAAGAAUCCUAGAAUAUUAUGCUGGUAUUCUGUUCCUAACGACCAACCGAGUCGGAUCUUUUGAUGAUGCAUUCCGGUCGCGCUUGCAUUUGACUCUAUACUACCCAAAGCUUGACCGCAAGCAGACUCAACAGAUCUUCGAGAUGAACAUUCGCCGAGUUCGAGAACUGAACUCCAAGAGGGAGCUGGCAGGUCAGCGAAGUAUACAGGUCCAGGACGAAAAGAUACUCAAGUUUGCCAGGAAACAUUUUGAAACUCUGUCAUGGAAUGGCCGGCAGAUUCGCAACGCUUUCCAAACAGCUAUUGCCCUAGCCGAGUUCGAUGUCCGCGACGACGGUGAGGGCGAAGGCGAGCGUCAGGCCGUUAUGGGCAAGAAGCAGUUCAAGACCAUUGCCCACGCGUCGAUUCAAUUUGAUUCCUAUCUCUGGCAUACCCACGGCGGCGCGGAUCAAGCGGCCAAGGCACGCCGCGAACAAGUCCGUUGGGAUUACGAGGUCGAGGGCCGCCCAGACAGAAAGCCUGAUCUCAUUGACUCGAGCUCUGACCUCUCCUCGGAUUCAAGCUCCAGCUCGUCCGACAGUAGCUCCGAGUCCUCGGAAUCGUCGGCAGAUGGAGCUGAUUCCACCGACAGCGGCGAAGAAAGGCGCCGUAAGAGGAAGAAGAAAAAGGGUAAAGGCAAAGACAAGGACAAGAAGUCAAAGAAGUCGGAAAAUAGAAGCAAAAAGUCCAGAUCGAAAAAGGACAAGCAUAAUUAA